CUUCCCUUAAACAUCGUAUACCUUCCUCCAACGCUGAACAUCCUUUUCAACGCUGGCUAGCAGCUAUAGAAGAAGAAUAUGGAUGAGUUAAAGCAAGCGAUUGUUCCCACUUAUAUUCAGUCGCUUGGUUUAGAAGGAAGUUUGGAGUUAUGGGUUCCUGCUCAUGAAGACGAUUCCAUAAUUGAAGUAGAAGCGGAAGAGCAGAACUUUGACUGCGAAUCGAUUCUAAAAAGCGAAUUGAUUGCUUUCGAUAGUGGCAUUUUUACUCGAAAGACCAAUCUGUUCCCUCGUUGUGUUCAUUGGAAUGUUUUCAAGAAUCAGACUUUAGUCUUAACUGAGGUAUCACUCAAGAACGACUCUUCCUGCAUACCUUCUUUUAAUAUUAGAAUUCACUUUCCCUCCCAAAUAUUAAAGAACUGCGUGACUUUUGGAUUUGAUGAUGAGAAAAAUGAGUUGAGCCUUUUUGUAAUUACCUCUACUAGAGUACUCUAUUCUAUCAAAGUAAAACCAGAAUGGUUUUUGUCCUCUAAUCCUACUGUCGAUGAAGGUUGGUGCACUUGUUUUCGCCCUCCGUCCUUUUUAACUAAGACUCCAUCUUAUUCAACUGCAGUCAAUCGUUUCUCUUUGUUUGUCACAUUUAAUUCGGGAGGACUUCUGAAGUUAAAUACAUCGUUCAACAGUGAUGAAAUUCAAGAAGAACAUUAUCAUGAUUCUAGGUACAUGACAUCCAUCCGACAUUAUCUUACCCUGCAGGCAUUCAAAGACGAUUACCGCCCACCUAACAGCAUUGUUUCAAUGACUUAUAACCAUCGAUACCAUUAUCUACUAACUAUGAGUUUGGAUCACAAGCUGAAAAUCUGGAACGCCUUAAAUGGUGUUUUACUGGAAACCAUCUCCUUCGAACCGACGUCUAUGCAAAAUUCAAAUGCGCUUUCUUAUUUAUCUAUAGAUAGUUGUACACAGUCAUAUGUUUCUAUAUAUCAUCCCAAUGAGACUCGUGGAUACUUUUCUCUUUACAGAUUCGAGCUUGAUCCUGAUGAUGGCUCAUUCGUCAAAUUGUCUCCAGUUACUACGAAGAUUGCUCCUCCACAUUUACCGGAUGAUGAGUUUUUACCUUGGACUUUGUUGAAAACCAAUCUUGUUUGUUUGGAUACACGGGAUCUGCACUUCAGCUUGUCUUUAGCCUGGAAAAGUAAUCUUCACGCUGUUAUCCAAUGUGCUUAUGUCGUUCCGAACGUUGAUAAUACUGCAAGGGUUUCUUGGAAGAGUACGAAAAAAAAUGGUUUUAUUGGUUUUGAUAAAUUUUCUUUCGAUAUACCAACCAGUAUGUCUUUUGGUGAUGUUUCUGAAAUCUGGGUUAAUAAUUUGUUGAACAAAAAGCAUAUAUCUCCUGAGUCGUUACAAUUGGCUUUGUUAUGCUCUCAAAAAGUGAAUCCAUAUACUUCAAAGUCAAAAAUGGAAUCUCUUCGGAGUACAUCCUUAAAUGAACUCAUGAAAGAAAUCACCAAAAUGAUUAUUGGGUCUGUACCUGUUCAACCCGAGUUUGGCUCUUCAUCAUUUGAUUACUCUGCAUAUCGUCAAACUCUUUACAAUGAAUGGGAGCGGUUCGCCAAAUUAACUCUUUACUUGGAUAGUUUUGGUGAUGAAAUUUUGAAUAUCGAAAUAGACUCUAAUUCGAAGGAUACAUAUGUUUGCUAUGCAAGCAAGAUUGGUGUCUUACGACAACCUGUUUAUAUUGAAUAUCUUGAUGGUAAUUUAAUAAGUAAUAUGUUACAACUCCCUGAAAUGAAGGCUCCUGCUCUGGUAUCGGGCUAUCAGCUUCUUGACCUUGGUUGCAGCCUAGUAAGCUGCUUACCGUCUGCUACUCUUAUGGAAAUACGAUUUUCUCUUCAAGAGCUGACGAAAAACCCAGCCUCAUAUUCAGUAUUCGAUACGUUAUGGAUUUUCUUUGAUAAAUAUAUUUACCCCAAUGUAAAUCCAGAUCAUUUGAAAUCUUUGGCCGAAAGCUUUGCUUCCCGGGACAAUCCGGUAGGUGAUAUAAAAUUUCUUCUUGAUUAUAUAAGAGACUUCCCGGAAAAUUCAGUCCAGUUUAGUUCUACUCCUUUCUUUUCAUUAGCACUAUCGAAUACGCUUAUUGAAGUCCUUGAAAAAUUGCAAACAUCCCUUGAGGCCUUGAUCUUCCUCCUUUCUAUUGCUUGCAGUCAACAAGAUGUGCAAUUAGAACAAAAAGUCGUCGGCUCUGAUGGAAUAUUCUUAGAGCUCCUUGGUAAAUGGAAAGUAGUGAGCUUUUUUAUUACUACUUUCAAUUUGCCUUUAGAACAGGUUGAUAUCGAUAGUUCGAAAGUCGGUGAUAAUACUUUACAGUCGAACCUUGGUACUAUUUCGCACCUGAACACCCCUUUUGAAGUCCUUACAACCUUAUUUUGCCGUGAAAAUGCCUUAAGUAAUCAAUUUUCUUCGAUACAAACUAGUAUCAAGUCCUUCACGUCUCGUUUAUUAGAGGAUUCCUCUAGUAAUCAGAUGGUUUCCGAAGCUUUUGAAAAGCUACUUUUGCUAAAACAAUACAAUGUUUGUUCUGCUUUAUUGAGCUGGCUUGGUUUUGAUUCCAUUUGCCAGUAUUUUAAAGCUAUAACGCAUUUAGGAUCAAAGGAAAUUCAAAAAUCUAUCUAUCACUUUAAACAUGCUAAUUUGAAUUUCGAAAAAGUGGAUCUAUCGGAGCGUCCUCUUCUAAAAGCUUAUCUGGAUACGGCUAAAGGAUACUCACUUGACAGUCAUCUGUCUAGUUAUUAUUUACACGUUUCCAAGCUAUUAUCUACUGAAGGAGCCUAUGUUGAUGCCCUUGAAUUUUCUUUGAUGGCUGACGCAGUUAAAGGAGAAGAUGAAAAUUUAGUCUCUGAUAUUAGAAUACAAAUGUUCUUAACGUCUUGUGCUUCAUCGAAGUUUGAUACCGCGUACUCUACGCUCUUAUCGAUAAAGAACAAGGAAGAAAAGAACGAUGCUCUCAACAAAUUUAUCAAACAAUUGGCUUAUAAAGGAAAACUAUAUCGACUUAUCGAUUAUUCGAUGCCAUCGCUUCAAGAUGAAGUUGAUACUAUCUUAGAAAAAAAAUCUUUUCAAAUGAUUGACGUUCGAUGUCAACCGUGCUGGUAUAAUAUAUUGUAUAGUUGGCGUUUAAAAAAUCAAAAUUACCGUGAUGCUGCUGCAAUAAUUUAUGAGAAAUUAUUGCGCUUAGUUUCCUUUGAUGGCUUCAAGAAGGAACAGGAAACCGAAAUACUGGAAAGCUACCUUAUUGUUUUGAAUGCUCUUAAGUUAUUAGAUCGCGAAGAAGCAUGGAUGUUGGUAACGGAUGUAUCCAAAUUGACAAAUGACAAAGAACUAAGGUACUUUCCUCAAAAAUUAGUUACUUUGGACAAUGUAUUGGUGGAAUAUGAAGCACACCUUCAGAAUGUUGCUAGGAAUGUUACAUCUCAGUUUUCUUCCACAGCUGCUAUAGGUUUUUAGCUUCUUGGGAUAAAAAGGCCAAUGACUUUAUAAAUCUAAUAUUUUUUUUGUUGACUUGAGUAAUUCCGGUAUAAGUGUACUUUCACGUUGAGUUCACAAACAAUAGCACAAUGUCAAGACAAGCAAAUAGUUAAGUUAAAAGGUUUCGAGUAUGCGUUCUUAUAUAAGCAAUCUAACAAACAAUCGCUUUUACUAAAGCACGUUUUUUACUUAUCUGAGUUUUUUGAUGAAAGUGACCAAAACAGUUAUAAAAUAGUUACAUUCAAGUCAUAGCAUUAAAUAAAAAGCUUAGAACAAUGUACUUACUUAUAGCUAAUAGAGAACUCCCAACUUUCUUUUUGC